AACGAUGGAUAGCAGCAAUUUCAGAAAUAGUUUCACUUUUAAUUUCAAAGAAAUUAUAAUAGACGAAAUAGCUUUGGAAGGACUUGAAGGAAUUGGCAUCAGAUUCUUAUGGAAACGAAUAGAAAAUAAAAUUUCAUCACCAGUUACGGAUAAGAUGAAAAUACGAUUUUGGAAGUUUAUUGUAAAAUUUAACAACAUAGUAUUUUAUGAAAAUCCAGAACCUAUGCCUAAUAUAGACAUUUUGGAUAGGUUUUCAAUGGUACAUGAAGAAACAGGACAACUCCUCGAUCCUGUUGAUUACUUAGAUGGUCCAUACAACUAUGCUCCAGUGUCAAACAAUGGCUCAUCAGUUUACUAUAAUCAAAGAAUAAUAAUUGAUAAAGAGGAACUACAAGGAUUGUCAUAUGAUGAUGUGAUAACAAAGUAUGGAGAUCACCUUGCAAUUGUUGCCACAAAAGAAGAAAGAUGGAAAGCUCUUGCCGGUCAUGUACCAAUUUCAUAUUUGUCACAACUUUCUACAGCACAUUAUUGUAUAUUGGAAAUAGUUGGUAAAGCUCGAGACAAUGGUCAAAUGACUGUUGGCAAUACCAAUUUGACAAAAAUAAUGAAAGAUCCAAAACAUCUUUUCUACAUAAGAAAACAUUUACAAGAUAUGGGCCUUGUAAGAACACAAUGUCACACACAAUUUGUGCAAGGCAGGGGUAUGAAAAGUAUUCUACUUAGACUGAAAAGAUUUCAUAAACCGAUUCUCCUUUCAACGCCGAAAGUUGGAAAAUUACAUAAUAUAAUAGAAUAUUUAAAAAAGAAACCUGAUCAUUCUGAAAAAGUUGAUUUAUUAAUUAAAACAGGCUAUUUGAAUCAUAAGCAAAGUAAAAGACUUCAAAAGACUCUUAACGUGUUUCGUUUUGUAAGUAUUACGGAAGAAAGGCAAUUAAAAGUUGAUGAAAUAUCAAAGAACAGGAGACAAAAAGUGCUUGUUAAAAAGAAAUUCAUUAGUUUAGAAAUGUCCAGCGAAGAGUCAGAUCAUUCGGAUGAGGAGAGCACUGCUGCACCUUUAGAAUGUCAGUACAAAGUUGGAAUCAGUUUACUGAGACAGGCAUACGAAAGAUUCUUAGAUGCAGGUCUAAAAGGACUGACACAGAUUCAACUAGCUCAGAUAUUGGGCAUUGAGUUUUACACUAGUAGAACAAUUUGCAGAACUCUAAAAUCAAAAAAUAUUGUUAAAGAAUUUUUAGAAGACAAAGGCAGGCAGAGAACUGCAAGAUACAUCGCAGUAGCUGCUACAACUGAAAUAGACAAUCAAUAUGCGGAAGAAAAAAAGAAAUUUUUAGAUUUUAUGAACACAUCAAAUGUUGAACAGGUCAAAGAAGAAGUUGAAGUACCUGCGAAAAAAAUGAAGGUUGAAGAAAAUAAUAUGCUUGUUGAAGAAGUAUCAGAAAAUGCAGACACUGAUAUUACUGAAGUUAAAGUUAUUGAAGGACUAGAAAAUAUGUCAAAUGAGUCAUUACUUAAUUCGAAAAAGAAUCCAACAUUAAGACAGCUAAAAUUUGCAAAUGGACUUCUAAAGGUUGUUCGAGAUAAACGUGCGAUUUCUGGUUAUCACACUUUGAGCACCUUAGUCUCUAAAGAAAUAGGCGAACCACCUAUGGAUACGAAAGCUUUGAAAUCAUUCGUACAAAAGUUAGUCAAAGAUGGACAAGUGAAAAUGUACAAAAUAAAAUGGCCCGGGUUCCAUCAAAAAUACACAACACUCGUUUGUGAUCCACUGAUGAAAAGCAAUGAUCCUGUUAUAAUAAGUAAAUAUAAGGAAAUUAGCAUAAAAGCACUUACAAGCAAAAAGACGAAAGUUAAAACGGCUUUAACAGAAGGUGUUUCGAGACCUUUGUCUCAAUUUGCUUACCCUAGAUAUAUGAAAAUUCAAAAAUUACAUGAGCUUGUGAUAAGUGUUGUUUACUUCAGUGAUAUUAAAAAUGAAUUCCCCGAGGGAUUUGCAUCCGUUUUAAGUGUAGUUCCUCAUAUGACAAUUGGUUUUGCUGUCGGCAAUAUAAGUAAUGUAGCCAUAUCGGACAUAUCUCACAUGAAAAUAAGCGAUAAUUUGCUUGACAUCAAGCUUAAAGACGCGCCAUCAGACUUGUACGAAAGACUGUUGCAAUCAAAGAGCUUACAAAACUCGAUAAGGUCUAAUUUAAAGGCACUCGCCAUGAUGGGUCUUAUUCAGCUGAUCUCAGAGACGGUACCACUGCCCACCGCUGAUUACGAAGGCAACCUUCUAAGCUACUUGUUCUAUGUUAACCGACGUGCUAAAGUAUUAGAUACAACAGGUGUUUGGCCCAAACCGAAUACUGAUAUAGGAAAAUUAGAAAAAUCGUACCAUUUCAAAACAUUUGAAGAUGUAACAACUUAUUGGAACGACGUUUAUAAUAUAAGUACGAGUACGAACGUCGAAAUAGUUAUAAAACGGGAUAGGAAGAAGAUAAAGCCUCCAAUAAGAAAAUCCGACGAUGUACAGUUAUACGACAAUGGCGAGCGGUACGGAGACGGUUUAGGACCGUGCGCCUUCGACUCCAGUUUCUUUAUGGACAUACCUCGCCUGUGGCGAACAUUUUACAUCCGCGCGGCCAAAGUUACCCAACCGCUGAUACGGAAGAAGAAAAAGGUUAAAAAAAUAAAAAUGGAAGCGAUUAAGAAGCCCAAGAUGAGACCGGUGGUUAAGAAAAAGCCUCCAAAGGCAACUAUUACAGAGCUCGCGUCGAAUAGACGCAAAAGAAGGCAACCGGAUUCACUGAUAAAAUGGUCUCAAUGGGAGGACAAAAUAAUAAUGCUAUGUAAAGCCGCGAUAACUAUAAUGAGUCCAACAUCGCAUCCCGAUUGCUUACGAGUUAGAAAUGCAGUGGCAAAGGAGAUAUUGUACAUGCACGAUGAUAAAAAGACUGCAACGGCUUGUCACAGAAGAGCAGCGGCUCUCGAAUCUAACUCGAUUCUAAUGCACGAAAAAGAGUGCAUAUUGAACGAAGUAAGACGACGACCAGAUCUGAUACAAAAGUACGAAGGCUUGUUAAAAAGGUUGCGUAUUCGUUAUUCUGCAAACCUAAGUAGAUUAUUCAAGGAAUGUAAAAUACCAAUGUUGGAACUUGUGCGCGCGAUGUGCCUUAUAUCUAGAAGUAAAUCGUUCACACAGAGGGUACCUUGUGUAGCUGUAGAUUUGGAAGAUUUUAAUAAAAAAUUCAAUAUCACAUCGUCGUCAUCAUCUGCUGUUAAAACGUUCAAUAUGUACAGAACCCCGGUCGAUUGUGAUCGUGUGCUUGCAUCUUUAAAAGAAGGCAUCAUUAUGACCACGAUGUUGUCGUAUGAAAAUACAAUAAAUUCAGAUGUCGCUUCAAAGGUUUACGGGAUAUUUAAAAAACAUCCUGAAGUUCUCUUGCGAACGGCAUUAGAGCAGCUGAGAAAAAGUGGAGCGAUUUCAGCAAGAGACAAAAUAUUGAACAAUCACAUGCAUAGAGUUGAAAUAGAAGAUAUUGUUCAAUCAUCAUACAAAAUAUCCGCAUUUUAUCAACGAAGAUGGAUCUGUAGACUCAAUUCAGAUUUCAUAGAACUAUUAGGCGAUAGUUUGGAAACGGAAGUGCCUGUGGACGGCAUUAAAGGGUCGCCAGAAAUGAAUUGUAUAUUUUGUGAAUUGCUCGCUUGUGAUAUUUUUGACUUAAUUUCACUCACAACUCCAGCCAUAUCGGGUUAUUCUGGUACUAUAAUGCAAGAGGAACAACUGAACGUAAUUGAUAUAGAAAAUAAAUAUUCUCUUAAAUCUGGAUUAACCGGUUGCAAAUUAAAAUGUAAUAUAAAGAAGUUUUCUGAUUUAUAUGAAGAUAUAGACAUAGAUGGCUGCAUGAAGGAGAUUCAAAGUUUUAAUAUUGUGGAUCAUACAGAUGUUGUGGAACUUACAGAUGAUGAAAUAGUAGACCAUUUACGGCAACUCGGUGAAAUGGGAUGUACAUUUCAAGAAUUAAAAGCUCAAUUCUCUUACGAUACGAAAACACUUUGUACAAAACUUAACGAUUUGGAGAUGAAAAAAAUAGUAAAGCGAGUUGGUUAUUAUGAAAAUAAAAUAAUUUUGAGUGAAUAUUACAAAUCUUGGGCUUUAACCGUUGAAGCAGACAAGAGCUUUAUACCAGUUCCGUGGCUGUCCUUGGAUUAUGAAGUACGGUUCGACAUACUGUUUAAAUGGGCAGGGGUUGUUGUCAACAAAAUCUUUGAAUCCCCUGGAUGUUCUAUAUCUGUUCUGUCGGACAACUGUGAAGUUCUAUCAUACAGAGCAGUCCAAGAUAUUUGUAUGUUCCUGCAAAAAUGUGAAUGCAUAACACUCAAUUGUGUAGAAAUACCAGAACCGGACUUAUUUUCAGAUGACCUACCACCUAAUGAAAUUAUGGACUUCAACCGUUGGGACACACAAGGAAAUAUCAUUGCAUUUCCAACAAAAAAUAUUCUUAGUAAAUAUGCCUAUGUACGAAGAAAGAUAUUGGAAAAAUGGCUAUAAAAAUGGAUUUUGUCUUUUAAAAUUUUGUUUUAUUCAA